GUCUUUGGGUACUGUCUUGAAGAUAAAAUCUGCUUUUGCCGUAGAUCAUAUGAAAGGUUUUGUAUACAUUGAGGCUGAAAGGCAGUGUGAUAUAAAUGAGGCAUGUCAAGGGAUUCCCGGAAUCUAUGUUACUCGAGUAGCUCUAGUACCAAAUAGUGAGGUCUAUCAUCUUUUUUCUGUUAGAAAUAGAACCCCUGAAAUUUCUGAGGGUAUGUGGGCUCGAAUAAAAGGUGGUAAUUACAAAGGGGAUUUAGCACAGGUGGUGGCUGUAAAUAAUACCAGGAAAAAGGUUACAGUUAAGCUCAUUCCAAGAAUUGAUCUGCAAGCUUUGGCUGCCAAAUUUGGUGGAGGUUAUAGUCGCCAAAAGGUUGUUGUACCAGCCCCUAGAUAAGUUUGUUUUUGUUAUGCAUCUGGAUAAGUUUGUUUUUGUUAUGCAUCUGGAUAAGUUUGUUUUUGUUCCUUUAAUUUCCACUUUAUUGUA